CAAAACGUUCGGUUGACAUCAUUAAUUGAAUAGAAAGAAGAGAAAAAAAAAAAUAGAAAAUAUUUGGGGAAGAAAAAUUAAUUUAUUUUUAAAAUUUGCGAAAAAGAAAUGACAUUAAAGAUGAUACUAAUAUUUGGAUUACUUUUUAUUCUAAUAAAUAUGAUAAAAACCGAAACAGUUAUUCAGGAUGAAAUAGUGGAAGAAAUUAACUUGUAUACCAUAGAAGGUAAAGUUUAUCCACCAGACAAUUAUGCAGCCUUGAACUACAAUGACAACGCAGAAACAGUUAGAAGGGGUAGCAAAUGGCAAAUCGACACUUCCAUAUCAAUUAAUGGCGGCGAAUACAAAGGCUUUCUAAGGGAAGACGGUUCAUUUAUUAUUAGCGGCAUUCCGUCCGGCAGUUAUGUAGUCGAAAUUGAUAAUGCUGAUUAUUUCUACGAAGCAGUGCGUGUCGAAAUUAAUCCGAAAGGCAAAUUUCGAGCACGUAAAGUUAAUUACAUACAGCCCUCGCAAGUUAUACAAGUGCCUUAUCCUUUGAAAUUGAAGCCGUUGACGAAAUACCAAUAUUUCCAAACUCGCGAACAAUGGAAGAUAACUGACUUCCUGUUCAGUCCUAUGGUUUUAAUGAUGAUCUUGCCGUUGUUCUUGCUGUUAGUAUUGCCAAAAAUGAUAAAUGACCCUGAGACAAAGAAAGAACUGGAAAGUAUUUCAUUCCCCAAAAUUAACAACGAUAUGCCAGAAAUUAGCGAAAUGAUAACGUCUUUCUUUACUGGCGCGAAACCUCCAGAAAAACCAAAACCCAGCACUUCCAAUAAACAGAACAAAAAAAGAAAUUAGUCUUUACACGUUAAU